UUGGAUUCUGAACAGAAAACACGUACUCUUUAUUCUGAAAAUCUUGCGGAUUAACGUAUAGUGAUAUUAUUCCAACGAAGAGAUUAUCAAGAUGUUGGACAACGAAGUGAACCAGAAUGAAAUAUUGGUUCCGCGGGCUUUGGAAUCUUUGGCUAUGCCAUUUGAUAGCGCGUCAUCUUCAUCCACGAUGCCCGAAAUCCCAAAGGGAGGCCUUCUUGUGAGAGUGUGCUAUGCCGGGGCAUGCUACUCUGAGGGUAUGCUGAGGAGAAAACAGAUCCGACCUUCUCUACCAGGUAUACACGACACCUCUCUUUACCCAGGUAUGGAAAUAUCCGGCGUAGUCCAAGAUGUCUGUGCAUCCCUACCGAACAGCAAUUUUACAACCGGAGAUAAAGUGGUGAUCUACCCUGAUGAGGACAUGGCAGACUCUGGCUACACGGAAUACCUAGCAGUAGAGGAUGUACAGAACUGUCUUCAAAUUCCACAAAACAUCCCGUUAGAGGUCGCCGCGAUGCUUCCAGGUGGCGCCCUGUCGGCAUACAGUGCGCUAUUGAAAGCCAAACCUCAUGUAGAGAAGCUUCAAGAAGUGAAAUCGUGUGUAAAUGUACUAGUAGUUGGUGCUGGCGGACUAGGUUUGUGGGCCGUGAAACUGGCUCAGUUCCUUGUUGGAUCUCAGUCCAACAACAUUCGUCUGUUUGUUGCCGACAACAGUAUAGAUAAAUUAUUGACUGCUCAUGAUCAUGGCUGUUACGACAUCAUCCACUGGAACGAGGAGGACCACGAGCAAUACAUCAUAGAGAGAACACUUGAUGCCUGCCGCGGCGGCGUCGACGUCGUCGUGGACUUUGUCAGCUCACCCCGCACCAUGCAAAGAUCACUGAAGAUCCUCAAUAGGGAAGGGCUUAUCCUUGUUGGCGGAAACACGAUGUCGGAAGUGAGCAUAAACCUGAACACAUUGUCUGCCAAACAACAGUCUAUCGUAGGUAUUCCAAAAGGUUCGCUCGCCCAGUUGCAGGACCUGGUGACGGCCGUAUCGGAGGGCUCGGUGUCACCGCCAUGCUACAGUGUUUUCCCUGCGGAGGACGCAGCACAAGUGUUCGAUGACUUGGCUCGGUGCCGAAUCACCGGCAGGGCAAUUCUUUGUUUCGGAAACCUUACAAAUGACCACCCUUUAACGAACAACAACUAAAUGUCACCAAGCUUACGACAAACAUUAUGUUUGAUCACUAUGAUCUGCUCAGGUCUUCAAAGUGAAGCGCUGUCCCCGACUUCGCUGGACACACCGGGAGCAUAGGUGCUUCGUCAAGCGGUCUAGAGAAGCCAUCUAAUGGCCAUUUCGACAAGUAGGAAGAUACGGGUUUAGUAUCGAGGACAUUAUGAAAAGUCCUUAAAUCCUCUACUUCACGACGAGUCUGCCGCCGUAAUUACUGUUGAACACUCGCCAUUAUCAACGCCAGCACAAGUUGGUAACUUGUCUCUGGUAUCAUGAAGUGUUCAGUCCAGGUUUCAACAAUCCUUAGGAAACUUGACACUUCAUAACCGAGUCCUAGCAAUGAAACUGCUACGCCAUGAACAAUCCGACAUAGAACGCUCUCGUGCAAUCAUUGUGAGAAUAUUCUCGAAGUGAACAAAUGAUGAUAUGCUGCUUUAAGGAACGAUCUCUGUAGUGUUGAGUUCAAUGCGAGAAGACAAUUUCAAGAGAUCUGAAUUGUGAUUCUGAUAUAUACUCAUUUUUGCAUCAAAUGUUUACUUGUGUACGAGAAAAGGUUGUGGUCGUCUGCGAUGUUGUACCUCGGAAAGAGGUUAUUCCAUACCAUGUUCAUUAACUGUAAAUUUGUUAUCCGUUUAGAAUUGUUUGUAAUUGUGUUUUGAAAGUAGUUGCAAUUGAUUUGAGUCCAGGAAUAUGAUUCCACUCUGUCAGUACGGUAGAUUACUAGCUGAGAGAAAGGUGUUAUUUGACAUGUUGAUGGGAGUAUGGACAAAAUUCCCGUAAAACUAUUGUGAUAUGAAGUGAAUGUUCUAAACAGCAGUGAGGAGUACGCUGCAUGCUUUCUUGUUAAAAGUGAUCGAUUGAAAGGGAGAAAUGGUUUUUGUACAACUAUGAAGUUGCUAAUUUUUAUUUUAUAAAUUAAAAAUGUGAAGAAAAGUUUACAAA